GUUUACGCCGGUAAAGGCUCUUGUGACGCUGACAGAGUCAAUGCAAGGGUGCCCCUCUCUCUCCUCCCUAACCCCAAAAUCUGUAUCUAUUCUUAGACUCAUGGUAUAUGGAGUUGCCAGCUCCAUCACCAAUGUUUCCCAACUCACAGCACCACCAUGACACACCAUUCCAAACCCAAAAUAAACAAAACGGAACAAACCACCUCCCUACGAAAGAUUCAGAGAAUCCUAAUCUCUCCGAACAGCGGCAAUGUUCUACCCGGAGGUGUCUGGUUUCCGGCUAACCAACAUGGCCGCUGUUCGCCUCCUCCUCCUCUUCUUCAUAUCCCUGUCUCUCUCUCCUCUUUCUCUCUCCGUACUCAAUUCCAUACCCAACGACAUGGCCCUUCUCGAACUCAAACAAUCAUUCACCAACGCCACAGCUCUUGAUUCUUGGAAACAAGGUACUGACCCUUGCGACAGAAACGAAGGAUGGGCUGGUGUUAUUUGUUUCAAUGGCGUUAUCACAAACCUCAAUCUUGCCAAUUUUGGUCUCGCCGGAGAGUUCGACGUCGACUCGUUAAAUGACAUGGGAAGCAUUAGGAUUAUUAGUCUCGAAAACAACUCUUUUACGGGUCCAAUGCCAGAUUUUAGUCAUCUUGGUUCUUUGAGGGCUAUUUAUCUAUCAAGAAAUCAGUUUUCCGGGGAAAUUCCUUCGGAUUUCUUCUCCAACUUGAGAUCUUUGAAGAAGAUUUGGCUUUCAGGAAACAAGUUUUCUGGGAAAAUUCCAGAGUCAAUAGGAAAAAUACCCCAUCUCAUUGAAUUGCACCUUAAUUACAAUGAAUUCUCAGGACCCAUUCCAUCAAUGGAACAACCAUCUUUAACUUCAUUCGAUCUGUCACACAACAAAUUGGAAGGUGAAAUCCCCUCAAGUUUGUCAAGAUUCAGUGCAGAUUCAUUCAAGGAAAAUCCGGGUCUGUGUGGGGAAAAGGUAGGACAGGAUUGUGAUAAGAAAGAGUUAUUAUCGCCAUCUGAAAACAAGCCCGAGGAAUCGGAAAACUCUUCAAAUGCGAAGUGGGUUAUACUAGGUCUAGUGGUUGCAGUUUUGUUGUUAACACUAGCUUUCAAGACCAAGCGUAAAGAAGAUAACUUCAACAUGCUGGGAAAAGAAAACCUUGACGAGGUUGUUCAAGUGCACAUACCAAGUACCAACAGAAGGAGCAUGAGCGCUAGCCAGAAAGGUAAUAAUGAUUCAACCCGCUCCCGCUCGUCUCGGAGAGGCUUUCACCACGCUAAGUCCAGCGGCGGCAGUGAUCUUGUGGUGAUGAACGAAGAAAAGGGUAUAUUUGGAUUGCCGGAUUUAAUGAAAGCCGCGGCGGAGGUGCUUGGAAAUGGUGGGUUGGGUUCUGCAUACAAGGCCAUGAUGGCAAAUGGGGUGUCUGUGGUGGUGAAGAGGUUGAGAGAGAUGAAUAAAUUGAGUAAUGAUACGUUUGAUUCGGAGAUGAGGCGGCUUGGGAGACUAAAGCAUAGGAAUAUUUUGACACCAUUAGCAUACCAUUACAGGAAAGAAGAGAAGCUCUUGGUGUCUUCCUAUGUUCCUAAAGGCAGCUUGUUGUAUAUCUUGCAUGGUGAUCGUGGGAUUUCUCAUGCUGAGCUAAAUUGGCAGACGCGGCUGAAGAUUAUCCAGGGAGUUGCCAGGGGAAUGGGGUUCCUUCAUUCGGAGUUUGCAUCAUAUGAACUACCACAUGGAAAUCUCAAGUCUAGCAAUGUUCUCCUUGACUCAAAUUAUGAGCCACUUCUCAAUGACUAUGCAUUCCAUCCACUAAUAAACAACACCCAAAGUGUGCAAUCAUUGUUUGCCUUUAAAUCCCCAGAAGCCAUACUAUACCAGCAACUUUCUCCGAAAAGUGAUGUCUUCUGUUUUGGAAUCAUUGUUCUCGAACUCCUGACAGGGAAAUUUCCAUCUCAGUAUCUCAACAACCAAAAGGGUGGGACUGAUGUGGUGCAAUGGGUACGAUCAGCGAUUUCCGAGAAGAGAGAAUCAGAAUUGAUUGAUCCUGAGAUAGCAGCCGCCACAGAUUCAAUUGAACAGAUGGAGAAGACCCUGCAUAUUGGGGCUGCUUGCACUGAAAGUGAUCAUGAUAAACGGAUCGACAUGAAGGAAGCUAUCAGGAGAGUAGAAGAGAUAAAAGCUUAAUUGAGUCAAUUACAAAAGGAUAGAUUUAGUUCACAAGUGGCUCCUCCUUAGGCUGAGAUGCUUCAAACAAGCAUGGUGUAUAUGUCAAGAUUUCCUGUCGAAAGAACCACACAAUAGAGCAUCAAAGAUUAGUCAGAAUGGUGAUAGUUUUGUCAAAUUGACAGUACUCCAUAACUGCCCAAAAAACAACUAUUUUGACAUUUCAUAAAAGAAAC